UGCUCCUUGUUCCUGCGCCUAGACGACUCUCUCCACCUGAUACCACUCUCCACCGCAUUCAACCUCUUCCCUAAGCAUGGCCUCCCAACGCCCACAUACCUACAACAACCCUGGCUACCUACCAAACGGAGCUGUUGGAAGCCACCCCAACUUGCCACCUGGAGCUGCGCCUUUACUUCCAAACAAUGGUCGAAUAAUCCAAACCGGAGGUGUUAGAGUGCUGUGUAUCGCGGAUGUUCGAGGAAACCUGAGAUCUCUGAAUGAACUCGCGAGACAAGCUCGAGCAGACCAUAUCAUACACACUGGAGACUUUGGCUUCUACGAUGAGACAUCGUUAGAUCGUAUUGCGGAAAAGACCUUGAAGCACGUCGCCCAAUAUUCUCCCUUAAUAUCCGAAGCUACGAAAAAGGCCAUCGGCGCACCAGGUGGACCAGUCAAGCAAAGAUUCCAGCCCAGCGAGCUGCCUCUGUCAGAACUUCCACAAUUCCUCAACGGUAACCUUAAGCUCGAUGUUCCGGUCUACACGGUUUGGGGCGCAUGUGAGGAUGUGCGGGUUUUGGAGAAGUUCCGAUCUGGGGAGUACAAGGUAGACAAGCUGCACAUCAUCGAUGAGGCACGCUCUAUGCUACUGGAGAUUGGCGGUGUAAAAUUGCGACUACUCGGUCUUGGUGGGGCCGUCGUGAUGCACAAGCUCUUUGACAAUGGCGAAGGACGAACAACGAUUGCGGGUGGCCAAGGCACGAUGUGGACAACAUUACUGCAGAUGGGUGAAUUGGUGGAUACAGCCAACCGAGUUUAUGACCCCACAGAGACUCGCAUUUUCAUUACCCACGCAUCGCCAGCCCGUGAAGGUAUCCUGAACCAACUGUCUGUAACCCUCAAAGCCGAUUUCUCGAUCUCUGCUGGUUUGCAUUUCCGGUAUGGCAGCUCGUACAAUGAGUUCAGUGUCAAUCCUACGCUAGAUCAUUACCGCGGGAAGCUUGCGGCCUCAAAAGCUUCCUUCAAUGACGUUUGGGAGACUGUCAAGGGAGAGGUUCAGCCAGCUAUCUCGCAGAACGAAGCUCAGCAGAACCUGCUUCAGAAUGCCCUAGGCAUUGUUGACAAGAUGCCGACUACUGCACAUGGAGGUAACCCCUUCGGUGGUCCAGUCGGUGGCGCCAAUGCCCAGGCAGUUGGCCAGGUAGAUGAGAGUGCUUUCAAGAAUAUGUGGAAUUUCAACCUGGCAGAUGCCGCAUUUGGCUGGUUGGUAUUAGAGGUUCAAGAUGGCCGCAUUGGUACGGAAAUGCGUGCCCAGGGUUUCAACUUUGCCCACCGAGGGACAAAGCAACCACACCCCAGCCAACUUAGCCAACAGUCUUCUCAAGCGGCAGCUACUGGAGCUGCCCCUAGUCAAGCACCUGCUUCUGCCCCCGGUGCUACUGCGCAAAAGCAACCAAACGUCCAACCACCACAGCCGCAGCGUGGUCAACAACAACAACAACCACCUUCUUCUGGUCCUGGCCGUACAACAGAAUCCCCCGCCCCACCUCAACCAAAGUCGGAGACUCCUCAACCUCAGACGAAUGUUAACCUACCCGCAUCUACUAAAGAGAACGAGAAACUCAACACAUCAACCCCUACUAACGGCGCCACCACCAAUGGUGCUGCUGAAGCUGCAUCGCCUGUAACGAAGGCUGCGGCUGAACCAAUUAUUGGUCUCUUUGUCAUGAACGUCACAUCCGAUGACGCAGUAAGGGAUCUAUUCAAGGAGGAAGAUAAGGCGAAGAUUCUGAAGAUUGAGAAGUGGGGACAAUCAAACAAGGUUGCUCAUUUCAAGACAGUAGAGGAGAGAGAUGCCGUUCUCGCAAGCCUACCAGAGGAAGUGAAGUCGCGAACUGGAGAGGACCGCAGCCGCCCAUUGGUGAAGAUCUUCCAACAACGAGAAAACAAGGGGUAUGCAGCCAACCGUGGUGGGGCCGGAAACUGGGGAAGUAGCAGAGGUGGAAACUCUAACACUCAAGGGGGGUACCGAAGCGGAGGUGCCAGUGAUAGUGAAGGGGGACGUGGUGGCAGAGGUCGCGGAGGACCAAGAGGAGGCCGCGGUGGCGACCGUGGCAGGGGUGGACGUGGAGGACGAGGAGGGUUCAACAAGACCGAAGGAUCACCGGCACCUGCACCAGCGACACCCGCGGCAGGCGACUCUUAAUCCUCUGGGCGUGUCGAACCAAUCUUUCGUUGUUUCCCACCAAAAAAGUCCACCUUCUAGUACAUCUUCUUAAUGGUCACUAUGUGUGAUGGAAGAAUAUCGAAGGUCAUCAUUGUUCUCGGCUUAAUAUCAUAGGUGUCCGCGAUUUGGGAUGGAGUGGAGUUCAACUAGCUUAUGCUUUCGGGAUGUGCGGAAGCGAUGAUAGCUCUUUUUUCU